AUGGACCCCUUACGACUAUUAACAAGAUCGACCAAGUUCGCAAAGAAGAGCACUUCGACUGGCACGCAGAUACACACACCAUCCUCGGGACCUGCUUCGAAUCCGCAACUCUUCGAUCAUGGCAACGAAUCUUCAAUACUGAACCGCAAACGCAAGCGAGGGAGCGAGACGGUGGCACCUAGUCUGGACUUCUUCGGUGGCGGCGCAUCAGCCAAAGAGAAAGAUGGCCAACAGAAAGAGCAGGACGCCUUGGAGGAGCAAUCAAACCUGCACCAAGAACAAGCCGCAGCGCCUGUGGCAAUGAGCACCGAAGAGUCCAAACAACUGCUCGGACGUCACAAGAUCAAGAUUACUCUAUUCCGCAAUCAAGACGAGGCCCCCACCAAGAAGAAAAAGAAGGAAAAGGCUGUCAAGGAUAAGAAGUCUUCUCAGAGCGGGAGCGCCCAAGCGACACCACUCUAUCCUGCUCCUGUCAGUGACUUCAAUAGUCUAGCGCCCAGAUACCGUCUCUCAAAGGCUCUUCUCCGGAACAUCAAGGACAAUGGCUACAGCACUACCACCGAAGUCCAACUUGCCGCAUUGUCGCUUUUGCUCGAUACACGCGCACAUCUGCUUGCACAGGAACAAUCUCAAGACCAAAAACAACAACAACAAGAGCCCGUUCUGGAUGUCGAUCUUUUGAGCAUUGCACCGACAGGCAGCGGCAAGACCCUGGCCUUUAUGAUUCCUCUCAUCCAUGCUCUGGUUCUCGCACGUCGCUCCCAAACACACUCCGGUCCUCAAGCCAUAAUCCUCGCCCCUACAAAGGAACUUGCCAGUCAGAUCGCCAAUGAAGGCAGAAAGUUGGCCCUCAACACUGCUAUACGCAUCACAAAUGUGCGUAAGGGCAUGCACCUCGGCUCAGACUCCUCGCCCGAUGCAGACGCUCCUGAAAAGGACGUGCCUCCCGUCAAGGCCGACAUCCUCGUCUCAACUCCGGCUGCUUUGAAAAAUGCCAUGGGUGACACCAAUACCACUUCCCACGCCCUGUCUCAAAUCCGCUUUCUGGUCCUCGACGAGGCCGAUGUUCUNUUGGAUCCCUUGUUCCGCGACCAAACUCUGGCUGUAUGGAAUGCCUUGUCCAGCCCCUCUCUGCGUCUUGGUUUCUGGUCUGCUACCAUGGGUUCCAACAUUGAGGAGCUUGUCAAAGCCACCAUCAAGGACCGUGCUGAGAGGCUCUCUGAGACGACUUCCACUCCAGUUCAGAUCGCACCCUUUGUGCGCCUUGUCGUUGGCCUUAAAGACUCGGCUGUACCCAACAUUGACCACCGCCUGAUUUACGCUGCCACAGAGCAAGGUAAGCUCAUGGCUCUCCGCCAGCUAUUACAUCCUACUUCAACCGGAGUCGACAAGCAGCCUAUUGUCCGCGCCCCCUUCCUCAUCUUUACUCAAACGAUAGAGCGCGCAGUCGCCUUGCACUCCGAACUUCUCUACGACAUUCCCGCCGAAGCAGGUGGUAUUUCUCGUAUCUCGGUUUUGCAUUCAGACCUCUCUGAUACCGCGCGUGAUCAUGUAAUGACCCGCUUCCGCAAGGGCGAGGUCUGGAUCUUGAUCACCACCGAUCUCCUGUCACGAGGUGUCGACUUCCGUGGCAUCAACGCUGUGAUCAACUACGACGCGCCGACCUCUGCCGCUGCUUAUGUGCAUCGUGUUGGACGUACAGGCCGUGCUGGUAGAGAAGGUGGUGUAGCCCUGACUUACUACACAGAUGAUGACGUCGCGUCCAUCAAGACAGUUGCCAACAUCAUCGUUGCGAGUCAAAAGCAGAAGGGGGCAGCAGGUGGCACAACAAAUAUUCAACAAUGGUUGCUGGACGCUUUACCCACACCCAGCAAACGCGACAAGCAGCAGCUCAAGAAACGUGGUAUCGAAACCAGAAGAUCUGCUUCUGGCAAGGAUUCCAAGACCGGCAAGCCAAAGGCGCGUAUCAGCACAAAGAGUGGUUACAUCAGAAAGCUCGAGAACAACAGAAAGGGUGCAGUCGCAGCGAGUAGGAAUCCACAAGAAUCGGGGAACGCUUCAGAUUCGGCUGAGAGCUUUGGCGGAUUUGAAGAAUAA